UCGACGCCAAAUAACGAGAACACAUUUUUCUCGCAUUUUAUUUUAAGCCAAUUCCGACUGCAAAACCGCAAAAUAAACCCAAAAACACGCAAAAGGUCACAGAUCUCGUGCCGAAAAACAAUUAAAGUUGCAAAAAACGCGCGAAACGCCCCGCAAUUGUGCGAAAAAAGCGAGACAAAAAAUUGUCGCAUCACACACAGCAGAAAAAAUUGGAUCGAUAAAUGCGCUGGAUCAAUAAAAGCCAUAGACGAGAAUAAAAAUGAGUUGGGAACCGCAACCAGAGGGUCUGAACCAGAUCAUUACGCUGCUGAAGCAAUCACAGUCGACAGAUAACAACGUUCAACGGGCAGUGCAGCAGAAAUUGGAGGAGCUCAACCAAUAUCCGGACUUUAAUAAUUACCUAAUUUACGUUUUGACGAAGCUAAAAACGCAAGAUGAGCCAACGCGAUCCUUGUCCGGACUGAUUUUGAAGAACAACAUUCGCUUGCAUGGCACGCAGUUGCAAACGUCGAUCAUCGAGUACAUCAAACAAGAGUGUCUCAUGGCUCUGGGAGACCCUUCGCCGCUAAUUCGAGCGACUGUCGGCAUAAUUAUCACCACAAUCGCCAAUAAAGGAGGUCUUCAUACGUGGCCCGAACUUUUGCCGUCACUUUGCGACAUGCUAGACUCGCAGGAAUACAGCGUUUGUGAAGGCGCCUUCGGAGCAUUGCAGAAAAUUUGCGAAGAUUCUGCCGAUAUUUUGGAUAGUCCGACACUGAAUCGCCCGCUGAACGUCAUGAUACCGAAAUUUUUGCACUUUUUCCGACAUUCGAGUCCGAAAAUUCGCUCGUUGGCUAUUGCGUGCAUCAAUCACUUCAUUAUUAAUCGAACGCAGGCAUUGAUGGUGCAUAUCGAUACGUUUAUCGAGAAUUUGUUCCAUUUGUCGAGCGAUGAGGACCGGGAGGUGCGAAAAAAUGUAUGUCGCGCACUCGUGAUGCUGCUGGAAGUGAGAAUGGAUCGACUCAUGCCUCAUAUGCCGCAAAUUAUUGAAUAUAUGUUGAUUCGAACGCAAGAUACGGACGAGACGGCGUUGGAAGCGUGCGAAUUUUGGCUCACGCUUGCCGAGCAAACUGUUUGCAAGGAGGUUUUGGGUCCUUAUUUGGCGCAAUUGGCUCCUGUUUUGAUUCGUGGCAUGAAGUAUUCCGAUAUUGAUAUCAUUAUUUUGAAGGGCGACGUUGAAGAAGACGAAAUGAUCCCGGAUCGUGAGGAAGACAUCAAACCCCGUUUCCACAAAUCCCGAAGUCAUCACGUGCGCUCGUCGAGUAUCUCCGAAGGACAUUCCGGCGAACAUGGCGAAGAAUCUGACGACGAAGACGGCUUAGAUGACGACAGCAACUUAACGGAUUGGAAUUUGCGAAAAUGCUCGGCAGCAGCUUUGGAUGUUCUCGCAAACGUCUUCAAAGAAGAAUUUUUGCCGAUUCUCUUGCCCAUCCUCAAAGAGACACUUUUCCACGAACAAUGGGUCAUCAAGGAAAGCGGAAUUUUGGCUCUCGGUGCUAUUGCCGAAGGUUGUAUGCAGGGAAUGGUUCCCCAUUUGCCCGAAUUGAUCCCGUAUCUGAUUUCUUGCUUGUCGGAUAAAAAGGCGCUCGUGCGGGCAAUUACUUGUUGGACAUUGUCUCGAUACGCACAUUGGGUUGUGACACAACCGCACGAGUUGUACUUGAAACCGCUGAUGGAAGAGUUGCUAAAACGCAUUCUUGACGCCAAUAAACGCGUGCAGGAAGCAGCUUGUUCCGCUUUUGCGACACUCGAGGAGGAAGCGUGCACCGAACUUGUCCCGUAUCUCGGUUUUAUUCUCAAAACGUUGGUUUUCGCCUUCAGCAAAUAUCAACACAAGAAUUUGCUGAUCCUCUACGAUGCGAUUGGCACGUUAGCUGACUCCGUGGGACAUCAUUUGAACACAGACGAGUACAUAAAUCUCCUCAUGCCGCCAUUAAUUCAAAAAUGGAACAUGUUGAAAGACGAAGAUAAGGACCUAUUUCCGCUUCUUGAGUGUUUAUCGAGUGUUGCCACAGCUUUGCAAUCCGGAUUUUUGCCAUAUUCGGAGCCCGUGUACCGGAGAUGCAUCAAUCUUAUUCAACAAACGCUCAACCAGGAUCUCGCAAGUACCGCGAGCCCGGGGCAAUUUGAGAUUCCCGACAAGGAUUUCAUGAUUGUGGCGUUAGAUUUAUUGUCGGGACUCGCGGAGGGACUCGAUGGACAUAUUGAAACGUUGGUUGUCAGUAGUAAUAUUAUGCAGUUGUUGUAUCAGUGUAUGCAGGAUUCCAUGCCGGAGGUCAGACAAUCAUCAUUUGCCCUCUUGGGGGACUUGACAAAGGCCUGUUUCGUGCAUGUCGCGCCCUAUAUCGGACAAUUUCUACCAAUUUUGGGACAAAAUCUCAAUCCAGAGUAUAUAUCAGUAUGCAAUAAUGCCACGUGGGCUAUCGGAGAAAUUAGUAUAAAAUUAGGUGCUGAGACAAAACCAUAUAUUCCCGUCGUCCUUCACCAACUAAUUGACAUCAUAAACCGGCCAAAUACUCCGAAAACUUUACUUGAAAACACAGCCAUAACAAUCGGUCGCCUAGGUUUUGUGUGCCCUCUAGAUGUGGCUCCCUCAUUACAACAGUUUGUACGGCAGUGGUGUAUAUCUCUAAGGAACAUACGUGACAAUGAGGAAAAAGAUUCAGCUUUCCGCGGAAUGUGUCAAAUGAUAACGGUAAAUCCCGUGGGAGUUGUGCCAGAUUUUAUCUUCUUUUGUGAUGCGGCGGCGUCGUGGAUGAAUCCGCAACCGGAUUUGCAUGAAAUGCUCAAGAAGAUAUUACAUGGUUUCAAGACACAAGUUGGCGAAGAAAAUUGGCGCCGUUUUGUCGAUCAGUUCCCGGCACAAUUGUCCGAACGACUCGGGCAAUUAUACGAGAUCUAAAAAAACGAAGAAAAGGUAUUUACAAUGAUAUUUUAUUAAAAAAAACACAAAAAAUGCAAAAUUGUAAAUAUUGAACACAAAACACUCACACAAACAAGUUAUAUUUGCUAUAACACGAUCACACAAUUGAUGUUAUACUACUAGCCUAACGGUUGACUGCGUAACGAAGACAGGGAAGAAGAUAGGAUGGUUGUUCAACAAAAAUUGGAUUAUUUUUUAAAUAAGUUAGGGCAAAAAAUUGAAAAAAAAAUUUUUUAGAUAUUAACAUUUUUUUUAGUGAGACAAAAAAAUUAUUAAGUUAGAAUUCGAUUUUAUUUAUUUCAACUGUUGGGCUGUUAUUCUACAAAAAAAAAAUAAAAGAAAAAAAUAAUUGAUAUUGUAAAAAAAAAUUUUCAUUAAAAAAUUAUUUAAAAAAAAAAAAAUAAAUUAAUUAAGGGAUAAAAGUUGAGAAU